UUACGUUUCAAACAACCCCAGCUACUGGCCGACCGUUGGUUAGGGGUGCGAUCGGCGACCGAAUGGCCGCCGUUUUGUACGCAAAUAAAUCUCAAACAAUACGAGUAUUUGACGCCAAUUCUCAAUCACAACACUACCGAAGACUGUCUGUAUCUAAACAUAUGGACACCAGUAGUGGCCAACACUUACGAGACAAUUGAUGCAGAUAACCAUAAUAAAUCAUUAGCACCGGUUAUAGUGUAUAUACACGGCGGUGUAUUUGUGUAUAUGGGCACUAGUUUUGACAUAUUUAACGGGGGUGUAGUGUCCGGUGCCGGUCACGUGGUGUUUGUUACAGUCAAUUACCGAUUGGGUGUGUUUGGGUUCGCCGAUACCAGUGGUGGCGAAAGGGGUGGCAGUGAUAGCAAUGAGGGGGACGGCGAUGAAAAUGAGGAAGUGUCGGCCGCGACGAAUGAUGAGAAGGAUGUGCCCCAGAAUUUGGGAUUAUAUGACAUAAUUAUGGCAUUGACAUGGAUUAGGGAUAAUAUUAGACAAUUUGGUGGCGAUCCAAACAGUGUGACACUAAUGGGACAGUCGGCCGGUGCCAUAUCAGUCGGCCUUUUGAUGGCCUCACCGCUAGCCAGCCAUCUAUUCCAUAGGGCUAUACUGGAGAGCUCGAGUCCGAUGCAAAUGAACUUCUUCUACCAGAUGUCGGCUCCGAGUUUUAAACGUGUCCUACAAUUGACAUAUUGUGAUCACUAUAACGAGUCGGUCGGUGAACAGAUCCGGUGCUUACGUCGACUGUCCACUCAUGAGCUGAAUAGUGUGCACAACGUAUUGAUGAACAAUUCAUUUGUCAGUUUCUCCCCAUCCAUACCGUCGGUAGUGUUACCAGAUUUCCCUCGCGAUGCGUUUAACCCAAAUAUUGUUGACGAACCGCUCGGACAGAAACAAAUAUUGUUAGGGGGCAACGCAGAUGAGGGCACACUAUUCCUGCACCAAAUACGGCCAAAACAGUUCUCGUUAGACACCGAUCCCAACAUCACUGCCGCAGAUGUCCGCCAAAUACUCCGGGAAAUGGCCACCGGUUUGCCGGAAGUUAGCGACCGUAUCCUCGACCAGAUUAUUGGCAUAAAGCCGACCACCGGUGCUAACAUCAGCGCCGUUGAGUUACGACAACGUUUGACCACAAUUAUUGGCGAUUUCCUAUUCAAAUGCCCGGUCGUUGUGUUUGCCGACGCCCUCCAGGAGUGGCCAAACGGUACGGAUGUUUACAUGUAUUACUUUACCCAACGGUCGGGGCGUUUGCCCGAAUGGGUCGGCAGUUCACACUUCGAAGAGGUUCAGUACGUGUUUGGUCUUCCGCUCCGUUAUCCCAACGACUACGACGUCGAGCACCGAGUUUUUAGUCUACAAUUGAUCAAAACGUGGACACAUUUUGCCACAACUGGCAAAAUGUUGCCACAAAUGGGCAUAAAUUGGCCAAAAUAUAGUUCAGAGUCCGGCGGACAACAUAUGUUUCUUAAUUAA